AUGCCUUCCAUCGAGCACCCCACCAUCAAGGAUGGCUGGUUCCGUGAGAUUUCCGGCAUGUGGCCCGGUCAGGCCAUGACGCUCCAGGUCAAGGAAGUUCUUCACCAUGAGAAGAGCCAGUACCAGGACGUCCUCAUCUUCGAAUCGACCGACUACGGCACCGUCCUCGUUCUCGACAACGUCAUUCAGUGCACCGAGCGCGAUGAGUUCUCCUACCAGGAAAUGAUCACCCACCUCGCCAUGAACUCCCACCCCAACCCCGAGAAGGUCUUGGUUAUUGGCGGCGGUGAUGGUGGUGUGCUCCGUGAGGUUGUCAAGCACGACUGCGUCAAGGAGGCUGUUCUCUGCGACAUUGACGAAGCUGUCAUCCGCCUCUCCAAGCAGUACCUGCCCGGCAUGUCCGUCGGUUUCGAGCACCCCAAGACCACCACCAUCGUUGGCGAUGGCUUCAAGUUCCUCGAGGACAAGAAGGGCGAAUUCGACGUCAUCAUCACCGACUCCAGUGACCCAGAGGGUCCCGCUGAGGCUCUGUUCCAGAAGGCUUACUUUGAGCUCCUCAACGGAGCGCUCCGCGAAGGCGGUGUCAUUACCACCCAAGGUUCUGAGAACCAAUGGCUCCACAUGCCUCUUAUUGUCAACCUUAAGAAGGCUUGCAAGGAAGUCUUCCCCAACGUCGAGUAUGCAUACACCACCAUCCCCACCUAUCCAUCCGGCCAGAUUGGCUUCAUGGUCUGCAGCAAGGACGCCAACCUCAAUCUGAAGAAGCCUCUCCGCAACUGGUCUGCUGAAGAGGAGGAGUCUCUGUGCAGGUACUACAGCAAGGAGAUUCACGAGGCGGCCUUUGUUCUGCCCACUUUUGCUCGCAAGGCUCUCCGAUAG